UCUCCACUCAGUAGACAACGAACCCUCGCUGCAUGCCGUCGUCGUUUGCAGAUCGCUCUCGUCGCGCUACGCGUAAGUAAGCAGCAAAAGCUAUCCGUCGUCGUCGUCGUCGUGAUCGCUGACUGGCACCUCCAUCCACUUCUCCGCACGCGUCUUGCCAAUGAUCGCUGUGUGUGUGCUGAUGUGACACUCAGAAAGUGGAUUACGUUGCCCAGUGUUACAGUGUUUCGCGACCAAGAAAUCGCAAAGUGACGAGCGAUUGUAUCUUCGUUGUAUAUUGAUCUUUUUAAGUUGCCGUUUUACCGAAUACAGUGAAGCAAAAAUAGUGAAAGGAAUUGAAUGCAUCGCGGUCUGCAAUUGAGACCGAGACCGAGAGCAGCAGCAACAGUGGAGAGAAAAUUAUUCAAGAUUGAUGUGCACCAGUUGAGGCGUUGAGUUUCGGGGCUUGAAAAUACUACCUAGUGCUUCGAAUUGCCCGUGAUAGCGCAACCGUGUGUGAUCGCGUGCUUGGAAAGUGGUUCGGAUUCGAUCGCAACCACUGACGCCACUACGCAUGCAGAGUCGUCCUCGAUCGAUCUGGAGCUUGCAAUUGUGGCGCACACUGUUUCCGCGUGAGAGAGAGCGCAGCCGCAGCCGGAACAAUUCAUAAUUGUUAGCGGACGAAUAGAUUUGUAGGUUCCGAGAAAAUUUUAAGAGGCGUUUGCCAAGAGGAUGUCUGCUAUCAGACAUCGACCUCUGGCAACACAGAACGAGAGCGAUGAUAACUUUUCGGAUGAUGAAAGUACCCCCCUAACCCAGGACAUUUAUGGCGGAAGCCAACGCACCGUACAGGAAACCAAAGGAUGGGACGUCUUCCGGGAUCCUCCGAUCAAGGAGGACACCGGUUCGAUGGCCGACCAGGCCUGCCUGGAGCUGACGAUCAAAAUCCUGAAAAUUUUCGCGUACCUGUUGACCUUCGUCAUCGUGCUGGCGGGCGGGGUGAUCGCGAAAGGCUGUGUCCUCUUUAUGUCCUCGCAGUUGCGGCGGAACCGCAAAAUAACCUACUGCAACCGGGAUCUGGCCCGGGAUAAGCAGUUCGUGGUGUCACUGCCCGAGGAGGAGCGGAUAGCGUGGAUGUGGGCGCUGAUGAUCGCUUUCGCCGUGCCGGAGAUCGGUGCCUUCAUCCGAUCGACCCGAAUAUGCUUCUUCAAGUCGAUGAAGAUGCCGCUCAAGUCGCACUUUUUGCUGGUGUUCCUUAUGGAAUCGUUUCACACGGUUGGUUUGGUGUUGCUGUUUUUUGUCGUCCUGCCAGAAGUCGACUCGGUGAAAGGAGCCAUGCUGACCAACUGCCUCUGCGUGAUACCCGGCAUGCUUGGUUUAUUUUCACGCACCAACAAGGAAGGGAAGCGCGCUGUCAAGACAAUCGUAGAUCUAGCAGCGAUUGCGGCUCAAAUCACUGGCUUCGUAGUGUGGCCAUUGCUAGAGAACAGGCCCGUGUUGUGGCUAAUCCCUAUCACAGCUUUGCUUACAUCCUGCGGGUGGUGGGAAAACUACGUAUCGGCACAGAGUCCCUUCGGAUUCGUGCGAUCGAUGGGCCGUGUUAAAGAAGAUCUGAAGCAAACGCGCUACUUUACGUAUAUGUUCCUAUCCCUGUGGAAAAUUAUUCUGUUCUUCUGUUUCGUUUUGGUCGUAACCUUUAUACGAGGGGACGAAGUGGCCAAUUUAUUCUCUUUAUUCGGAAUAGGCUUUGGGCCGCAUAAAAUUGUGGUUGAAGAAGUUUCUGUUGCGCUUAACUCAGUCCUUCCCGAUCUUGUCGAAGUGGCCCAGGCAGGAGAUACCGUUGAUAUUGAUGCUUCUUAUAACACGGUUACUUAUGUACUGAUUAUUCAAAUUCUUGGUGCCUACUUCUGUUACGUCUUCGGCAAAUUUGCUUGUAAGAUCCUCAUUCAAGGUUUUAGCUAUGCUUUCCCUGUGAAUCUAACCAUUCCUGUGGCCAUUUCCCUGCUGAUUGCUGCUUGCGGCAUCCGUAACGAUGAUCCAUGCUUUUUCCAUGGCUCGAUCCCGGAUUAUUUGUUCUUCGAAAGUCCUCCAGUGUUUCGGUUGAAUGACUUUGCCAACCGUCAAAUGGCAUGGGCAUGGCUUUUGUGGUUACUUUCGCAAACGUGGAUCACACUUCAUAUAUGGACACCGAAGUGCGAACGCUUAGCCAACACCGAGAAGCUGUUCGUUACACCGAUGUACAAUGCCCUAUUGAUCGAUCAAUCAAUGGCGAUGAACAGGAGAAGGGAUGAUCAGGCCGACGUCAAGACGGAGGACUUAGCUGAGAUCGAAAAAGAAAAGGGAGACGAGUACUACGAGACGAUCUCGGUCCACACGGAUGGUUCGGCCCUGCCGAGGCCCAGCGUAAAAUCCUCCGAUCACAUCACCAGGAUCUACGCUUGUGCCACUCUUUGGCACGAAACGAAGGAGGAGAUGAUGGUGUUCUUGAAAUCGAUCAUGCGAAUGGAUGAAGAUCAGUGCGCCAGACGGGUUGCCCAGAAGUACCUGCGCAUCGUCGAUCCCGAUUAUUACGAAUUCGAAACGCACAUCUUCUUCGAUGACGCCUUUGAAAUUUCGGACCACAGCGAUGAUGACAUUCAGUGCAAUCGGUUCGUGAAGAUUCUUGUGGACACUAUUGACGAAGCUGCUUCCGAGGUUCAUCAAACCAACAUACGAUUGCGACCACCGAAGAAAUACCCUACUCCCUACGGAGGGCGCCUCGUUUGGACCUUACCCGGUAAGACUAAGCUAAUUGCUCACCUUAAGGAUAAAGAUCGCAUCCGGCAUCGUAAGCGUUGGUCUCAGGUUAUGUACAUGUACUACCUCCUCGGACACCGUCUCAUGGAGCUGCCAAUAUCCGUCGAUCGGAAGGAUGUUAUGGCUGAGAAUACGUACCUGCUCACUCUGGACGGAGACAUUGAUUUUAAUCCAAGUGCCGUAACGCUGCUGGUGGAUUUGAUGAAGAAAAACAAGAAUCUGGGAGCUGCCUGUGGUCGUAUUCAUCCUGUGGGUUCCGGUCCGAUGGUAUGGUACCAAAAGUUCGAGUACGCCAUCGGUCAUUGGCUGCAGAAGGCAACGGAGCAUAUGAUCGGCUGUGUACUUUGUAGCCCGGGAUGCUUUUCGCUUUUUAGAGGUAAAGGACUCAUGGACGACAACGUAAUGCGCAAGUAUACGACACGCUCGGAUGAAGCCCGCCACUACGUGCAGUACGAUCAGGGUGAAGAUCGUUGGUUGUGUACACUUCUUCUUCAGCGAGGUUAUCGUGUCGAGUACUCAGCUGCUUCCGAUGCGUACACUCACUGUCCGGAAGGUUUCAACGAAUUCUACAAUCAACGUCGUCGCUGGGUGCCCUCAACCAUCGCCAACAUUAUGGACCUACUGAUGGACUACAAACGCACGAUCAAAAUCAACGAUAACAUUUCGCUGCUGUACAUUUUCUACCAGAUGAUGUUGAUGGGAGGUACCAUUCUUGGUCCCGGUACGAUCUUUCUUAUGUUGGUGGGAGCGUUCGUGGCUGCUUUUAAAAUUGACAACUGGACUUCGUUUUACUACAACAUUAUACCCAUUCUACUGUUUAUGUUAAUCUGCUUCACGUGUAAAUCCAACAUACAAUUGCUACUGGCACAAGUAUUAUCAACCAUGUACGCACUAAUUAUGAUGGCCGUGAUUGUCGGUACAGCGUUACAAUUGGGCGAGGACGGUAUCGGAAGUCCGUCGGCAAUUUUCCUCAUAGCAAUGACAGGGUCAUUUUUCAUAGCAGCCUGCCUGCAUCCGCAAGAGUUUUGGUGUAUCGCAUCCGGCUUAAUCUACCUUCUAUCGAUUCCAUCCAUGUACUUGCUGCUGAUUUUGUACUCCAUCAUCAAUCUGAAUGUCGUUUCCUGGGGUACUCGCGAAGUGGUGGCGAAAAAGACCAAAAAGGAAAUGGAGCAAGAGAAGAAGGAAGCCGAAGAGGCUUCGAAGCGAGCCAAACAAAAGUCGCUUCUCGGUUUCCUACAGGGUGGAGCAGAUUCUAACUCGGACGAGGAGGGGUCUAUCGAGAUCUCGAUCGCAGGACUGUUCCGGUGUUUGCUUUGCACUCACGGUAAAACCACUGACGAAAAGGCUCAAUUGAUUCACAUCGCUGAUGCGCUCGAUUCAAUCACUAAAAAAAUCGAUGUCCUGGAGAAGCACAUCGACCCUCACGCUCAUCAUACACGAAAACGAACUGCCUCGGCUGGAUCGAAGGAUCAUCAUUUGGGAUCGGUGGCGGAAGACACCGAAGGCGAGGAUGAAGUAUCCGAUUCGGAAACGUCCACGCUGCAGAGAAACGAACGAGAUUUCCUAACGAACCCGUACUGGAUUGAGGAUCCGGAUCUGAAGAAGGGCGAAGUCGAUUUUAUCUCCAGUACCGAGAUCCAAUUCUGGAAGGAUCUGAUCGAUCAGUAUCUGUAUCCGAUUGACCAAAACAAGGAAGAACAGGCACGUAUAGCCCACGAUCUGAAAGAGCUCCGUGAUUCAUCCGUUUUCGGAUUCAUCAUGAUCAAUGCUUUGUUCGUUUUGAUCGUAUUUUUGCUUCAGUUAAACAAGGAUAACAUCCACGUCAAAUGGCCACUGGGUGUUAAAACCAAUAUAACCUAUGAUGAAGCUACUCAAGAGGUUCACAUCUCAAAGGAAUAUCUGCAGCUAGAACCGAUCGGGUUGGUGUUUGUGUUCUUCUUCGCCUUGAUUCUGGUAAUUCAGUUCACCGCCAUGUUGUUCCAUCGUUUUGGAACCCUGUCGCAUAUUCUGGCCUCAACCGAACUAAACUGGGGCUGCAAUAAGGAACCCGAGGAGCUUUCGCAGGAUGCUCUCAUAGACAAGCACGCGGUAGAGAUAGUGAAAAAUCUACAAAGGCUCCAGGGAAUAGACGGGGACUACGACAACGACUCUGGUAGCGGGCCGGACAGAAUAGCUAGGAGGCGAACCAUCCAGAACUUGGAGAAAGCACGCCAACCACGACGGCAGAUCGGAACGCUGGAUGUGGCGUUCAAGAAACGUUUCCUCAAGCUGACCGCUGAUGAAAACAAUACCGGCACUCCGAUCUUGACGCGGCGAAUGACGAUGCGUCGCGAAACGAUACGGGCCCUGGAGGUUCGCAAAAACUCGGUGAUGGCUGAAAGGCGCAAAUCGCAAAUGCAAACUCUGGGAGCCAACAACGAGUAUGGGAUAAGCGGCGUUACGACGGCUAACAUUAAUGCCCCAGCGCGUCCAACGAGAAUUUCGAAUGCUGGUGUUAGUGUGAAAGAUAUAUUUAACGUGAACGGUGGCCCCGGGGGAGAUAUUUACGGGGUUACAGGACAGGUAAAUCAGGCCUACGAGCCUGUUAUCGAGGAUGAGGACCGCAACUCGCUCAGAUUGCAGCCCCGUAAUCAGGUCACGUGGAGCAACAACAACGGACGGCUGUGACAAAACCGUGGCUCAUACUUGUGCAUGCUGCCCUCUAUAGUAAGUUAUGCAAGCAGCAGCGCAACAUCUUCCAUUGCAGACAAGUAAAUAUGUCUCAAAUAAUUUAUAGUUUAAUUUAACAUCAAAUACUCCAAGCAAUAUUAAUACUGCCGAAAUUUUUUUUGUCCUACGAAAUAGUAAUAAUGCCCGACUUUAAACAUCUAUCAAAACUAGACAAAUCUGCCGUAUAAACUAAAAAACUGCCAGCUGACUUAAGCAAUACAUGCAGAAUGAAAUUGAGCAAGAAAAUACUCAGUAGGUAACUACAUCUAGCACUAAUGACACGAAACGACACAAUGCAGUCUAUUGUAAUUGAAAAAUGAAAUUCACAAUUGUAACAAAAUUGAUUUCGACUCUUCUAUAGAAUAUUUAUUUAUAAAAAGAAACGAAAAACAACCUAAUUUUAGACCCCAAAACGAACGUUUUUGUUUUACACUAUUUGGACUUGAGAGACUGCAGCUACAACCCGCAAUGACUGUAAAUAUUCUUCAAGCCUAACUUUCAGUGACUUUUUCACAACAUGUUUUGUAAGAGGUUUUCUUUGUAAAAGGAUGUGUUACGGUAUACAUUACUUACGCCUCAAUGUAAAUCUUGAAUGAUACAAACAAAAGUGGAAGAACUUGAUAGACUUUUUAUACAUUUUAUGAAAA